AUGGUGCCCAGCGAGGAGAACCAGCUGGUCCCCAAAGAAGUAAGCAGGCAGCCCCAAGGCCCAAAGGCGCUAGAGGUGGAGGAGACAAGUCCUAAACAACACCAUAUAUCUUUGAAGCAGCUUCUGGACAGAAUUAAGAAGACCAAGGACGCUAACAAUGAAUUGUCACGGUGGGGACUUCACUUGGACAAUGACAUUUGUAAGGGAAAUUGCCGUGUUCUCCCCAUGGAAAGAAUCAACCUAAAGAAGACCACUUUCAAUACCACAGAGGACCUAAACUGGUCCAAAGAGGUCACAAGGGAAGCCUGCAUCUCUGGAAUUCCACUCCGUUACUGGAUGCUGUUUUAUCCAAAGCGGACAAGGGAGCAAGCUUCUGAAUUGGUGACAACGCUGCAGAAGAUCUCAGGCCCUCUUGACAUUGUGUUAAACCCACCUAUUUGGUCAGAACUGAAGGAUGACAGGAUAGAGACCUAUGUCAGGGCCAUCAAAUCAUUACUCACUAGUGAGAGCACCAUUCAGCUGGUAGUCUGCAUUAUCACUGGGACCAGAGAUGACUUAUAUGGAGCUAUUAAAAAACUGUGCUGCAUACAGUCUCCAGUCCCUUCUCAGGUUAUUAAUGCACGAACCAUUACCACUCACCACAAACUUAGAAGCAUCGCACAAAAAAUUCUGCUGCAGAUUAACUGCAAGUUAGGUGGAGAACUCUGGAGCGUUGAUAUUCCUCUGAAACAGUUGAUGAUGAUUGGGAUAGAUGUGUAUCAUGACCCUGGCAGAGGAAGGCGGUCAGUUGUUGGUUUCGUUGCAAGCACCAACCACACUUUUACCCAGUGGUACUCCAAGGUUGUAUUCCAGAUGCCUCAUCAAGAAAUUAUCGAUAGCCUAAAAGUCUGCCUAGUGGGUGCCUUGCAGAAGUUCUACAAGGUCAACCACUUCCUCCCUGAGAAGAUCGUGUUUUACAGAGACGGAGUGUCGGAUGGCCAAAUAACAAUGGUAGAGAGCUAUGAGGUCCCACAGCUGCAGAAGUGCUUUGAACGUUUUCACAAUUACAAUUCUAAAAUGGUCAUGUUUGUAGUCCAGAAGAAAAUCAGCGUCAACAUCUAUUCGGCAGCCACGGAUAACUUCACAACUCCUUGUCCUGGCACCGUGAUAGACCAUGCAGUCACCAGCCGAGACUGGGUGGAUUUUUACUUGAUGGUUCAUGCGCCACGACAAGGCUGUGGCAUCCCUACUCACUACAUCUGCAUACUAAAUGCGGCUAAUCUUAGUCCCGAUCACUUGCAGAGGUUGACUUUCAAGCUUUGCCAUAUGUACUUGAACUGGCCAGGGACUAUUCGAGUGUCAGCUCCUUGCAAAUAUGCUCACAAGUUGGCCUUUCUCUCAGGACAAGUUCUACACCACGAACCAGCCAUCGAGCUCUGCGAAAAGCUCUUCUUCUUAUAGUUUUGGCAGCUGACACAACUUUGAGGCAGCAGUGAAUGCAGAGGUAACUCUUUGGUGGAGAACACAAGCCAGCCUCGAAUCAAUACCACAAACAAAGGCCGUUAUGAUCCUCAGCAUGAACAGCCAAGCUAUUUCACUACUGAACAUUUUUUGUUAAAUAGCAAACUUAACAGUGAAUUGCUGGCAAUUUUUUUGG